AUGAACGAAGAGGUGUCAUAUUUAAUAAAAGAAGAACCAACAACAGAGGACGGAUGUGCAGUGAGAUACUUUGAUUAUUUAUGUGAUUUGUUAGAGUCUAUUUUUUUUCCUCAACAACAACUAAAGAAAGUAAAUAAACAACUGUCUGUAUUUUUUGAAGAUGAAGACAAUGAAUUAAUUUCAAACAAAGUCUGUGCAGAUGGAUUUUUAGGCAAAUUCAAUGAAAUUCAAUUACAACAUGAAUUGUUAGAUUAUCGUUUUGGACCAGAAUCUACUUUUUGUGGUAAAUCUUUCAAAGAGAUAUUUAAAGAGAAAGGUUUCAAUAAUUUAAAAAUUGUUUUUGAUACAGAAGACUAUUAUAUUCAUAGAUGUCAAGUAUAUAAUGAAAAUAUUGAUAUGCAACACUUGUUAAUUCAGUUAUUCAUUCGUUGUGACCACACAUUAUUUAUUUGGUCUUCUAAGUCAUUUUGUAAUUCAACAUUUAGAGAGCAAUUAGUUAAAGGAAACGAAUUUAUCAAAAAUUAUUUUAAACAUCCAAACCUUAAUGUUACCAUUGUUGAAUGGCUUCGAGUACAAGAUUAUCGUCAUUACUGUGAAAAUAAAAUGUUGUUACCUUCUCAAUUACAUACUGGGCUUGGGUUAACAAGAGAGAUACACUAUUGUGUUCAGCAUUAUGCUAACCAAUCUCAUCGUGAUGGUAUUUCUAAUACUCCAGAACAAUGGCAUAAUGCUCUUCAAUACCUUCGUUUAAAUCCACCAUUUAAAUUUUUAAAUCCUGCCUAUGAGGGAAUAUUUUUAUCAAUCAAUGAAGCAGUAAAAAAUGAUAUUAAAGAAAAAGGUUUUGCAGAAGUCGUUUGGGCAUUAACAUCGAAUUGUUUAAAACGAAAAGACAAUGGAGAACGAUUUGAAUGGUUAAAAAUGGAACAAAUAUCACCAAUGAGUGAAGAGCUUAAAAUGUAUUUUAGUUCGAAUGAAUAUAAUACUCUUGUGAAUGAAAAUUAUCAUCCAGAUAAUCUUUUUAUUGAUUGGGAUUUAUUUUAUCCAGAUCAUAAUGAUUAA